AGCAAACACCCGUCUCAAGAAUCCUCAUCUCAAAAGUCCAAAAAUGGGUGAUCGGUUCUUCCCAAAUGAAAUGCCCGCUUACGUCCCAGAAACUGAGUCAUCCACCGCCGAAUUUGAUGAUUCACUCACAAAGCUUCUCCAUCUUCCACUCAAUAUUCUGUCCGAUCUCCUCAAGAAAGACGCUUUGGACAUCAAGCACACAGUAGUGAAGGAGAGCUGGCUGGGCUUGGGAAAACGUGUGCGCGACUUUAGUUUGUACACGGGCGCUUUAGGAACUGCUUUUUUGUUGUUCAAAGCCUAUCAAGUCACUGGAGAUAAGAGUGAUCUUGAUUUUUCAAUUGACAUAAUUAAGGCGUGCGAGACUGCUCUUCAAGGCUCUCGGCGUGUCACGUUCCUCAGUGGAGAGGCCGGCGUCUAUGCUCUUGGCGCAGUGGUGGCACACCACAAUGGUGAUAAGGAACUAUGCCAGCACUAUGUAUCACACUUCAAAGAGAUUAAGCUAUCUAUCGAUCUUCCAGACGAACUAUUAUAUGGGAGAGCCGGGUUUUUGUGGGCUUGUUUGUUCUUGAACAAACACAUUGCUCCCAAUACAGUAUCCUCCAAUAGAAUGAGGGUUGUUGUCAAUGAGAUCAUGAGGUCUGGUCGGAAGCUGGGAAAUGUGAGCUGCCCCUUGAUGUAUGAGUGGCACGGCAAGAGAUACUGGGGAGCAGCCCAUGGGCUGGCCGGGAUUAUGAACGUGCUGAUGGACACUGAGCUGAAGCCCGAUGAGGCAGAGGAUGUCAAAGGCACGCUACGUUACAUGAUCAAGAACCGUUUUGCUAGUGGAAACUACCCCUCGAGCGAAGGAAAAGAAGCGGAUGAACUUGUCCACUGGUGCCACGGGGCCCCAGGUGUUGCGCUGACUCUGGUGAAAGCAGCCGAGGUUUUCAAAGGAGAGGAGUUUGUGCAAGCUGCGAUUGAUGCGGGGGAUGUGGUAUGGAACCGGGGCCUGCUCAAGCGAGUUGGGAUUUGUCAUGGCAUCAGUGGGAAUGCCUAUGUAUUCCUUUCGCUAUAUCGGUUAACUGGCAAACCGGAAUACUUGUACAGAGCCAAAGCGUUCGCCUGCUUCCUCCACGACCGGUGUGAAACCCUCGUGUCGGAGGGUGUUAUGCACAGAGGGGAUCGUCCGUAUUCGCUCUUCGAAGGUAUUGGGGGAAUGGCUUUGCUCUUUUUCGAUAUGACCGAACCAUCUAAGGCUAGAUUUCCCGCGUAUGAACUCUAGUUUACUUGGUAAUUAUGUAACGUAUGUAAUAGCUUAACAGCUUGAUCAUUUACUUUAGGUUUCAAAUCCUUGUAAAUUUCCUUCUCUUGCACUCCUUUGAGUCCAGUUAUAGAGAUUAUGUAAAUUUCCUUUUCUUGCAA